GUUGACAUCAAAUUUCUCCAUACCGGCAGCUACGGGCGCUGGGGUAUCCAUCUUGUAAUAAACGGUCGAUAAUAGGAAAUAGGAAGCUCCGAGUGGGAAGUAUACUUGGAAACUCUAGCUGUUUACGGUAGGGACACCUGCCAGAUCUCAAAACUUCUUCAGAAGCAAGAGCGGGACAAUCUGGAGUUUGUGAAAAUCGAAAUCCGCUUCAACAUCGUUCCCCUUGUCACCUUGUCACCUUGUUACCUUGGUCGCAUCAAGCAUAAUUCGCAUCCCGUCAGCGCAUCGCCUCUAUUUGUGGUCCCCCAAAUUCUUUAUUCAGCAACUGGGCACCCUCUCUUUUCCUCGCGCACGCGCAACCCGUUUUGACAACAUACUAUCCAAAUAAUACUUACCUACUAACCUACUGACCGACACCUGGGAUAAUCUUCGAGACACAUUUUACCUGUCGAUACUCUCUCUCAUCCUAUCGCGAGCGACAACAAAGUUGACCCCAAAUCCGGGCUCGCCGACAGCAUUCUCUUAGAUACGACGACGAUAUUAACCCGGCUGGCACGUGCCUACCCGCUCGUAUUGUCGAUAUAGAUACGCAUUGUAUUGUUCUCGGUGGGCGACGAACCCCGAUGGAUGUCGAGAUGAAUCCCAGCAGCGGUGAACCAGAAAAUCAGCAACAGCAGCAGCAGCAACAACAACAGCAGCAGCAACAGCACUUGAAUUCUCCGUCGCAAUCGACGCCUCCCUCUCAGAAUACGCCGCCAGGGUCAGCAGCGUCAAUCCAAAAUGCGCAAGGUCAAAUGAGUUUCCGAAGGCAACGGGCUUCGAGAGCGUGUGAGACAUGCCAUGCUAGGAAGGUGCGAUGCGAUGCGGCGAGCCUCGGUGUCCCGUGCACCAACUGUGUUGCCUUCUCAAUCGAAUGCAAAAUCCCACAACCAAAGAGGAAGAAAACACAGGCAAAUGCAGCAAAAGACUCGGAUAGCGAUCGUGGAGAUACCAUCGAUGACCCCUCUCCAAAACCACUAUCAACACCCACACCGGCACCACCGCCGCCAAAUGCCGGUUCGUCGAAUACCUUCCCUGCGCGACCUGCCGUGUACCAUUCCUCGGAAGGUAUACCCUCGACAACUCUCUCCGAGACCCAAGCUAGGAAAGAGGAAGUCGACAACGAUACAUACGUCAACCUGAUCAUGAAACCGAAAUUUACGAGAGCCCCUAUUACUGAAGCUGGUCGGGUUGCCUUUUUAGGAGAGUCAUCAAACCUAACGCUGUUGGUUCACGAUCGCCAAGGAGCUUCAGAUGUCGUGCAUUAUCCGCUUCCUGAGAAUGUACGCGGUUCUAGGGCUCGUUUGACCGAGUUAGACAAUAUCGAGAUCGAUAUCCUUCAUCAACGAGGAGCUUUCCUACUACCACCUAGGACCCUUUGCGACGAGCUGAUUGACUCCUAUUUUAAAUGGGUACACCCCAUCGUGCCUGUCAUAAAUAAGACUCGUUUUAUGAGACAGUAUCGAGAUCCAAAGAACCCGCCUUCACUUCUCCUUUUGCAAGCUGUCCUUCUUGCUGGUUCUCGCGUUUGUAACAACCAACAGCUUAUGGAUGCCAACGGCUCAACUACCCCGGCUGCGUUGACAUUUUAUAAGAGAGCAAAGGCUCUUUACGAUGCCAAUUAUGAGGACGAUCGCGUGACUAUAGUUCAGGCCUUGCUCCUUAUGGGUUGGUAUUGGGAAGGCCCGGAGGACGUUACAAAAAAUGUCUUUUACUGGAGCAGAGUUGCUAUCAUCGUCGCCCAGGGAUCUGGGAUGCACAGAAGCGUAGAAGCAUCGCAACUGAGCAAAGCCGAUAAGAGGUUAUGGAAGCGUAUUUGGUGGACAUUAUUCACUCGCGAUCGAUCCGUUGCUGUUGCGCUUGGGCGGCCGUGCAAUAUCAACCUAGACGAUUCGGAUGUUGAGAUGUUAACUGAGGAUGAUUUCAUUGAAGACGAGCCGGAUAAUGCAAGCGCGUUUGCUCCCGAUCCCAUCCAUGUCCAGUUCUUCUUACAAUACGUCAAACUCUGCGAGAUCAUGGGUCUGGUUUUGUCGCAGCAAUAUUCGGUAGCAUCCAAGGGCCGACGUCAGAAUGCUAUCGAUCUCACUCAUAGUGAUAUGGCUUUGGCGGAUUGGCUACAGAACUGUCCUAAAUUGGUAUAUUGGGAGAUGCCGCGGCAUCACUUCUGGAGCGCGCUACUUCAUUCUAACUAUUAUACUACCCUCUGCCUCCUGCACCGAGCACAUAUGCCCCCUAAUCAUAGCAACGCGGCGAGGUUCCCAGACGACUCUUCUUACCCUUCUCGGAAUAUCGCGUUCCAAGCGGCAGGAAUGAUUACAUCCAUCAUUGAGAAUCUGUCAGCACACGAUGAACUCCGCUAUUGCCCGGCAUUCGUUGUUUAUAGCUUGUUCUCCGCUCUCAUUAUGCACGUGUAUCAAAUGCGAUCUCCUGUACCAUCGAUUCAACAAGUUACGCAAGUUCGGAUCCGGACAUGCAUGGAAGCGCUCAAGGAAGUUUCUCGGGUGUGGCUUGUAGGGAAGAUGGUAUACACGUUAUUCGAAUCUAUAUUAGGUAAUAAGAAUCUAGAGGAGAGAUUGCAGAAAGCUGCUGGAAAACGACAUAAGAAAGUACAACAGAGCUUGGCUCAACUGGAGCAACAUCAUCAAAGACAACAAGAAGCUGCUGCGGCAGCAAAACGGAAAUAUGAUGAAAUGGCUAUUGACUUUAGUAUAAACACGCCGGUGCAUCAAGAGUCGUACGAACGAUCACGCCCGCAAACCCCGAGGAACGAACCAAUUCCAAACCAACCUCAUAUGGGGCCGCCUAUCAACUCACCAAACGCUAAAUCCGGGGACACUUUUAUGGGAGGGACUAGUAGCAGGCCACACACUCGACCUGCGACUCCAUUCAAUCCUUCAUUCUCCCUUCCGACCACACCGCCAGAUCUAUACCUCGUGACUCGCAACUCGCCGAAUAUUUCACAAUCUCUCUGGGAGAAUUUCCAGCCGGACCAACUAUUCCCUGAGAGCUCGCAGAUCCCAUUACCGCAGCUGUCUCCGCCUCAAAACCAACAGAGCCUAGAUCCAAGUCUCGUUAAUCCGAUACAGGCUGGUAUGUCUCCACAGUCGCCCGGGCAAACCAGCCAGUUCCAAGCUCGAAUACCGAACAAAACGACGGUUGCAAGUCCCCAGCAAGCUAACAGUUUUUUGCAACCAGGAAUUGGAGGGUUCCAACCCCAGAAUAACAACUUGUGGCCAGGCGGCGAGGUUAAUACAACAUUACCGGAUGGUCAAAGCCCUGACAGCUGGAGCACGGGAUCGGCUCAGGGACAGCCGGUUCCGGCUACAUUGAAUGUUGAAGACUGGUUCCAAUUCUUCGGCAUCAACGGGAGCGAAAUAAACCUAUCUGGACUUGAUAUGCCUAUGACCUGAGUGGGGGGCUCAACUGUACGAUGAAGGGAACGGUAUUAUAUGUGAUUAUCAUACCUUGGCCGAUUUCUUUCAUGGUAUGAAUUACGUGACGCAAGGCAAGGGGCUUGUACUAUCCCUCUUGCUCGGAGUUUUGGUGUGUUGAUUCGAGAUGGAUCCUAUAUAACCGGCCUGAAGAUUGGUCUUGUGAUAUACGGAUGAGAUACUAGCCAUCUACGACAAAUAUUGAAAAUAUACGUAUGAUUCACGCGAAGGCGUAUGUGUACUUGUAUAAUAUCGUCCUUGGGUUUUCGAAUAAUUGAAA